CUUGCUAUUGUUGUGGUGCAAAGGGACACUUUGCUUAUGUAUGUCCUUUGAAGAGAUUGAUAGCCCAAGGUAAAGUGAAGCAAAUUUGGGUUCCAAAAGGAACUUUAAGCACUAACCCCCAUGGACCCAAGCAAAUUUGGGUACCAAAAAUCAACACUUAAUUUUGUUUUGUAGAUAUACCAGAGGGUGGAGAUGAUGAAUUUGAGAAUGUCAACCAUGAAGAAAUUAGACUCACACUUGCACCGACGUGUGCUACAAAUCAUAUUAGUGUGGGCUUUCUUUUCACUGGAAAACAAAGCAUUGCAGUGGAUUAUUAGUCGUAUUCUUGCUCAAAGAAAGGAGUCUAAGUCUGUUGUGCUUACUAGUGAUCUUCCUUGGUUUGAUUAUCUUCUGAAGCGAAAAAGGUUAAACCUUGGUAAAUUUAUUUACCACAACAUUAUCAAGAAUUACUCCUCGAAUAUGGGUCUUCCGCAUGGUGCAUUGAUCACUAGGCUAGUAAAAAGGAACAACAUUGAUCUUGAAUCUUUUAAGCAUGGGAAAAUUAAAGCUGGGACUACUCUCACUCAAGCAUCCUUUGAGAAAAUGCAAAUUGUGUUCCGGAAUGGUGAUUGGAGGAAAAGAGGGGAUCAAGCAAUAGGACAGCAAAGUGAUGAAGAAGAAGGUGAUGCAGAUCAAGAAAUGGCAGAACAAGGGGAAGAAGAACAUGGAAGUGACAGCCCAAGACCCUUUCAAACUUCCAUGCAAAGGACUAACCGCGAAACCAUGAAGCUUAUGGUAAAUGAGAUGCGGCAGUUGCACACCGACUUCUAUGGUUUUCGAACGAAAAUGAAAGGGAGGAUGGAUACCAUGGAUGGAAAGCUUGAUCAGCUUGUUAACCAUUUUUUUCCUCCACCCCCACCUAGUGCCACCUAACUUGAUGUUUCUUUAGUUUGGCUAACCUUUAGGAUGGACAUCUUAGGGUUAUGCAUUUUAAGUUUUUAGGCUUGUGACUAUGUUUUCUUUGACCAUGGAUAUUUCUUGAACCGUUUUAUCAUGUUUUGUGAAUGGUAAUGGCAUCACUUGUGUUAUCAUGCUUUGUGAAUGGUUGUUUAUGAUUUUGAUGAUUGUAUGCUCUUAUUGAGGAGGAGCAUUUUGUGGUUAAAUUGCUCUUCUUAAUGGUUACCAUGCUUAAAUUGCUCUUCUUAAUGGUUACCAUGCUUAAAUGCUUUAAAGAUUGAUGUGCAUGAAUUAAGGGGGAGUUUGUUGAUUAUGUGCUUUUUGAUGAAUGACAAAAAGGGGGAGAGAAUAUGCUAAAUUUCUAUCAUUUUCUAGAGUAUCUUUGUGCUGAGAUUCUGGUUAAUAUUGAAGUAUAUAUGUGCUUUCAUUAAUUCAUUCUCAAAGUGUUUUGUCAUCAUCAAAAAGGGGGAGAUUAUUGUACCUAUGAUUUUGAUGAUUACAAAACACAUUUGAGUAACUAAUUGGUUCAUUUAAGUGUGUAGUUAAAAUGUCAAAAGAUUGCAAAAUAAGUAAACUUGGAUUGCACUU